AUGGACUACGGGCUAACAUUGGCUGCCUCCCCUCCUCCAGUGGAGGAGACUCUAGCCGCUCGUCGAGCCAGACGACAGGCCAUCCUAGCCAAGUAUGCGAACAAGGGACUGACCACGGGAGGCCAAGAUGCCAGCCCCAGUCCGGGACCUAGCAGUGCGGUCCAGCCGCCUCCGACUACUCCUUCAGUUUCUGAUCCUUCAUCUCAGCCCCACAGCGCUUCCCGCGAUACACCCAGUACACCGUUGAAUGGCCAGCCUGCUGCGACGGAUGACAAACGGGAUUCUGCAUCCGCGUCACCGACUCCGACAUUUGAUCUCGCUAAGAAUGAUGAACAGGAAGAUAUACAGAUGAAGGCAGAGGAGCAGAACGGAACUGGCGAGCAGAUUUCUGCCGCUGACUACGAUCCAAGCCUUGAUCGACGCGAGGACGAGGAAAAGCGUGUCCGCGGUGUCCCUGAGGGGGAUGACGACGUGGAGAUGGUAGAAGAAGAGGAAGAGGAAGACGACGACGAUCUGGACGAUAUGUUCGCAGUAGCUACGAAACCCGAGAAGAAGAAGAAGGUAGUCAAGAAAGUCAAAAGAGCAGCGAAACCUGCUGCUCCAGCUCUCGUUACUACUACGCUAGACUCCGCUGCAGAUUCGGAAGGAUAUUAUCAGAUCAUCCUGGGUGAACAGCUCGACGGGGGCCGGUAUCAAGUGUUUUCUUCUCUUGGCAAGGGCAUGUUCGCAAACGUUGUCCGUGCGCGGGUGAUAAACGGUGAACCCGUUGAGGCUGGUAAAGAAGUUGCCAUAAAGAUCGUACGGAGUCAGGAGACGAUGUAUAAAGCUGGGCUAAAGGAAGCCCAAAUAUUGAACAAGCUUCGGCAGGCCGAUCCAGAGGAUAAGAAGCAUGUUGUCCGGCUAGAGCGGACUUUCGAGCAUCGGGGUCAUUUAUGCCUCGUCUUCGAAUCCUUAAGUAUGAAUCUACGGGAUGUUGUGAAGCGUUUCGGUAAAGACGUUGGUCUUAAUAUCAAGGCAGUAAGAGCAUAUGCUCACCAGCUGUUCUUGGCCUUGAGCCUCUUGCGGAAGUGCAAUGUCAUGCACGCUGAUAUCAAACCCGAUAAUAUUUUGGUAAAUGAGCAAAAGACUCUCCUGAAGCUGUGCGACCUUGGGUCGGCUUCUGACGCUUCUGAGAACGAGAUCACACCCUACCUCGUGAGCCGGUUCUACCGGGCGCCGGAGAUCAUCCUAGGAGUUCCCUACGAUCCGGCCAUCGAUAUUUGGUCGAUCGGCUGCACUCUCUACGAGCUGUACACCGGCAAGAUUCUUUUCCCCGGACGCUCGAAUAACCAGAUGCUCUUGCUCAUGAUGGAAUUGAAGGGAAGGUUUAACUCGAAGAUGAUCAAGAAGGCGAAGUUCGGCGAUAUGUACUUCGACGACUUGGGUACCUUCCAAAGUGUCGAGAAAGACCGUGUCACUGGCGCUGACGUCAUCCGCAAGGUCCAUAUUGCGAAGCCAGCCCGGGAUCUACGUGCCCGGUUGAUGCCUGCAACGUCGGCGGCGAAGCUGAAAGACGAUGAGAGUAGACUGUUAACGUCUUUCGUCGAUCUACUAGACCGCUGUCUCAUGCUCGACCCUGCCCGGCGUAUUACGCCCAAAGAAGCACUCGCCCAUCCCUUUAUUCGGGGAUAUUAA